AUGGACACACGACGCACUCGGCGCAAGGCACCGCCUGCGUCUCUUGACAUGACCAACACCAAGAAAUUCCAGCCGGCGUUUACGGUGGUGAAAGCCCGCCAGUCUGCAACCACCGACUUCGAUGAUACGGACUUCGAAUACAGCGAGUCAGACGAUGAGUCCCCGCGCAUGAGCAUGGGCUCAUUUGGCUAUGACAGUGUCUCAUCUGCCUCUACGCCAGAACUGCCGACUCCCGACCAUGCUCCCCGUGGACCGUUCGAUUACUACCGCAAAUCAACUCAAGGCCCCUCUGGCCCGCAUCUGUUCAGAUCAUCGAUCGCUUCCGCCAGCUCGGUACCAUCGACGGAGAUUGAUCUCUAUUUCGAAAGGUCUCCAAGACGAUCUCAGUUCCAGUCCGACCUAGAUACCCCACAAUUCCCACCGUCCGACGUUGAGACACCUUUGCCUACGGACGUCGAGACACUGUAUACUGGGUCGAACCUUGGGAGUGCUCGGUUUCCAAGGUCGCACCUUGGGACUCCCUACUAUCCACCCUCAGAUAGCGAGGCUCCUCCGUAUACGGGCUCGAGCGUGGCGAGCUCCCAGUUCUCCAGAUCCAAACUUGGCACUUCCUGUUACCCUGCAUCGGAUAUUGAGGCUCCUCAAUACACUGGUUCAAGUGUUGCGAGUUCCCAGUUCCCAAGAUCGAACUUUGGAAAUUCUCAUUAUCCUGCAUCUGAUCUUGAUGUCCCUCAGCACACUGGCUCGAGUAUUGGGGGAAAACAGUUUCCAAGGUCGGAUGUUGGAACCCCCAACUACCCUCCUUCCGACAUUGAGGCUCCCCAGUAUACUGGCUCGAGCGUUGCGAGUUCUCAGUUCUCCAAAUCAAACUUUGCAGCUCCUCAAUAUUCUGCUUCCGAUUUCGAGGCCCCUCAACACACCGGUUCGAGUAUUGGGAGCACACAGUUCCCGAGGUCCGAUGUGUCGAGCUCACGCAAAUAUGCAUUCUCUCCAUGCACCCCCGAAGCCUAUCGGACUGUGCAUCCGGAUGUUUCUCAGGUAGAGGAGAGUGAAAUCCGAGGUUGGUCACCGAGCCAGGUCGCCCAUUGGAUGCACAUUGCUGGGUACGACGAGUCUGUCAUUGACAGGUUCAUCAUCAACGACAUUGCUGGCAAUGUCCUGCUCAAUCUUCGGGCCGAUGAUCUUAAAGAACUCGGCAUUCAGUCCUUUGGCAAACGGCAUCAACUUAUGGCUUCAAUUGACCACCUGCGCAACACCAUGAUGAAAGACCAACGCCCGAGGGACCGGGAUCUUUCCAUGGAUCGGGAGUCCUCCAGAAACGGGGACCUUCCCAGAAGACAGUCAUAUACAGCAUCGAUCUCCCCGACUGGGGAAGUGAUUUCCCGGGAGCCAAACGGCAACCAGCUCACGGAAACAGAGGCCGUUUCCAUCGUCGGUAUCGAACAAGUCCUCCCCAAGCCACACAAUUGCUCCAAGGGCGAGGGCUGUCCCAAGUACCGCAGAUAUAUGCGACAGAUGGAGAAAUUGGCUGCGGAAUAUCCGGAUGCGAUUCUUGUCCCCGGACAGAGCAUUGUCACCGGAAAUCCCGGGAAUCCCCAGACAGCACCGAACAUGUUGCGACCCAAGUCUGACACUGAGCCUUCAGUGGUAGCAUCGUCUGACGUCCUGGGGGUAGUCACUCCAAGACUAUCUGAGGAAGCCCUGAACGAGAUCCGAAAGCUUGAUCCCCAAGAGAAGAUGCGCCAAUAUUUCAGCUACCAGCAUCUCGAACACUCUUCCGAUUCCGACUCGGAUUCCGACUCUGACACUUCCCCUGCACCAGCUGUGCCGCCAAAGGUGGCCCCUAAUGAGGCUGGACCUAUCCUGCCUCCCCCAGCUACUCGUACAAACAAUAUGACUGCCAACCUUCGCAGCCUCCCGAAGUUGGUGAUUCCCACCGAUUCCGACUCAGAUGACCUGACCACGGCGGUGACAACCCAGCGGACCAUUACGCCAUCCAUGGCCAGCCAGAUGUAUGGCUCCCCGACCGUGGUGCAGGAGUACGGGCCCUUCAGUAAUGCUCGGAAUAUCCCACCGGCCGAUUACUACCGCCAGGGCACGCCAUUCACCGAGGUGGACGUCCCAGUCACUGCCCAGAUGGAUGGGCCCAUCGCCCGUGAGACGUCACAGUCUGUUCCCCCGGACAUGCGUUACGGCAAUGUGAUGCGUGCCCGCUAUCCAGGACCGAUCUCACGGUCUCCUUCUGUUCGUGCCCAUCCCGGCAUGGCCUUGCGUCGCGUCAAAGAGAACAAGCCCCUCACGCCCAUUGAUGACCCCGCAGACCUGAAAAGAAGUCCGCGCAUCGGCUGCAAGACGGGCAAUAACAGUUCCGUGGCUAAGUUAGACCCUGAUGUGACCCGAAGUGGAUAUAUGAAGAAGCGCAAGCCGGCUCGCUUCCUUCGCCAUGACUGGCAGGAAGCGCACUUCACCCUGCGUGGAACUAACUUGGCCAUGCACCGGGAUGAGUAUGCCGCGCUCCGCCGCUCUCGGGCUUUGGAAGAGAUCGAUGUUGAGGAGUAUGCUGUUGCCUGCUCGGCUUUGGCUUCCAGCUCGAAGCUCACUGCUGCCUUCAAGAAGUCCAUCCUCCGCAAUGGGAACAACCCUGGCAAAGGCGACGCAGCGUUCACAUUCUCCCUCGUUCCGGCCUCUAAGGAAAACGAGAAGAAGAUGCUGUUUGGUAACAAGGAUAUCAAGAGUCACCACUUUGCGGUGAGGACUCGUGAUGAGCGCAUUGACUGGAUGCGAGAUAUGAUGCUCGCCAAGGCUCUUAAGAAGGGCAGAGAAGAUGGUUACGAAAUGCGCCCCGAAGGAAAUUUCAUCUGA